GCCUCAUUAAGUGAAGAUCUUGGCGGCACGGGUUUGAUGCCUCAGGUUUUUUCCCUUUUCUACUUUUUCAAGUUUGGGAUUGUUCUAAGAUGUUUUUCCGGUUGUAGCUGUUGCGAAGGUCAUGCUGGAGCUAAAAGAGGUUAUACAUCUAGGGGAUGGAAGGCCAGCCACGUCAACGAAUGAGGAAGGGAUUUCUUCUGGAUUGGGUUUCAGCGGAGAAGAAUUUGAAAAAUCUUUGGCAAGUUGUGAUAUUCAAGAAUUAAAUCGUGCUGCUGCCUUGUUCUCGCGCAAGGUUUCGAUUGCGAGUCGAGUCGCUGCUAAGACCUUGCAUCAUGAGGAGGUUCGGGACAAGGAAACGCUUUGCUUGAUCCAGGACAAUGAGAGGUCGAGAAAAGAGAACGAAGCUUUGAAGGAACUUCAGCCCUUGUACCAGGAGAAGAUUCAGUGUUUGGAGACAAAGGCCAAGGAUUAUGAAGCUUUAUUUGAGAAGAUGAGAGGGACUAUUGAGGAAAAUGAGAAAAUCUUGGAGAACCUUCGCAGGGAAGUUGAGAAGGGUACCAACAAGAAAGCUUCGCUUAGUAAUCAAGUCAAGCUACUUCAGGCCGAGGGGAAGAAAAAGGAUGAGACAAUUGGCAACUUGUGCUCGCAGGUUACCCGUGAUGAAGAGAUUGUCAACAGUAUUCACGAACGGAGUGAGCUGAUAUACAAAGAGUACAAGGCAACACUUGCAACGUUUGGAGCUGAACUUUUGCCCUUGCCCGUGCCUGAUGAUACUGAUGUAGCUGAGAAAGGGAUUGAGGUGUUGUGCAGUUGGUUGCUCAAUGAGUUUUCUGGUUUGAAGGAUGCUAUUGCAACAGCUUCUGGUAACUCCGCAGUAGUUACCUGCGAGAGUGUUAUAUCCAUUCCUGACCGUGAAGGUUGCUCGGAUAUUAAGAAGUUGUGCUCAAAGGAUUAUUCUUAUCCAACUUAUGACGAGCUUGGCUCAAAUAUAGUGCGUGUCCAGGCGGCAAAGAAGAUGUUCCUCCGGAGGUUCCAGAAGGUGUCUGGUCGUGAAGCGGUGCAAGCUAUUGCGGCUAGUCGUCUUGAGAAGUUGAAUGCCGAAGGUGUUGCUGGAAGCUCGAAGGCUGGAGACGCUCAUGAAGCCGGAGGUUCUCAGGAUGCUAGUGCAGGACAUUUGGUCAGAGAAAAGGCGAUCGGUGUUGUGGAACCUGCACUUGACAUACUUCCGCUGCACAUGAGUUGCGAUGACAUGAUUGUGCCUGGAAUAUUUUGGGAGCGCUAUCAUGAAGAUUAUCCUGAGCGAAGCUUUCGUGACUUUUAGUUUCAGUGUACAUACAUUUGCUCGGAUGAUCACUAAAUUUGUAAGAACUGAUCGUGAAUGUGGUGUGACGCGUGAAGCGAUGUAUGUAUUUUUUAGGCAAGCGUUGAUUGUGUGUAAAAAAGUCUUGAAUGUUUCU